AUGUCAAUCAAUAUUUGCAGAGACAACAAUGACCCUUUCUACCGUUAUAAAAUGCCUCCAAUUCAGGCUAAGAUUGAAGGUAGAGGUAAUGGUAUCAAAACUGUUGUUAUGAAUACCAUGGAUGUUGCCCGUGCUUUAAACAGACCAGCUCCAUACAUCAUCAAAUAUUUCGGGUUUGAAUUGGGUGCCCAAACUGCUAUCAAUGUUGAAAAUGAUCGUUACAUUGUCAAUGGUGCUCAUCAACCAGCCAAAUUACAGGACGUAUUGGAUGGUUUCAUCACUAAGUUUGUCCUUUGUGGAUCCUGUAAGAAUCCUGAAACUGAAAUUGUUAUCACUAAAGAUGGUGAUUUGGUUAGAGACUGUAAAGCUUGUGGUAAGAGAACCCCUAUGGAUUUGAGACAUAAGUUGUCCUCGUUCGUCUUAAAGAACCCUCCUGACAGUAUGAACGGUUCCAAGAAAAAGAAGAAGGCUGCCACUGCGUCUGCUAAUGUCAGAGGUGGUGGUCUUUCUAUUAGUGAUAUCGCUCAAGGUAAAUCCCAAGCUGAAGCUGGUGACGAUGCCGAAGAAAACGAUUCCGAUGAUGAUGAAUUGGCCAGACAAAUUAAUGCCGCUGCCUCUAACUUGGCUACCAUUGAAGUCAAGGAUGAGGACUGGGCCGUUGAUAUGUCUGAAGAAGCCAUCAGAGCUCGUGCGAAAGAAUUACAAGGUGAAGCUGACAAAGAAACUGGCGAAUUCUCCAAGUUGGAAGAAUUUGGUGAAUGGGUACUACAUGAAGAAGAACUACCUACCGAUAUUGAAUUAUACAAAAAGAUUGCAGAACUCGAGCUUCUGGAAGAUCCAAAGGUUGCUGCAGUUCUGGCCCAAGUUCUUUUCGAUGAAGAUAUCGUAUCGGAUAUCUCUGAACAUACUGCGUUCUUGCAAAAAUUAUUGAAGGACGAAGACUUCGAAAAGAACUUUUUGGGUGGUAUUGAAAGAUUCCUUGGACUUGAUCACCAAGAAUUGAUCCCAUUACUACCAAAGAUCUUGGUCCAAUUAUACAACAACGACAUCAUUUCCGAAGAAGAGAUUAUCAGCUUCGGUACCAAAUGCUCUAAGAAGUUUGUACCAAAGGAUGUUUCUAAGAAGGUUCGUAGAGCUGCCAAGCCAUUCAUCACUUGGUUGAAAACUGCCGAAGAAGAUGAUGAGGAUUCGGAAUAA